AUGGAGAAGCAUAUCGUCUUUGAUAAGGCGCUGACCAAGGCUGAUUAUGCGGUUCUUCAGUGCCUGACCAGAGAUAUCAAAGCCGCCAGCGCCUCGCCGGCCCGAAAACUCAAACGAGAAGAAUUUGAUUACGAUUCUGGCUUGGGAUCUGGGGAGAGCUCUUCCAGCAGUGGGGACGAAGCCACGGCAGUUGCCCGCCAAGAUGAGGCCAGGGAUAUUGCGGCGAUGAAGGCGUCAAGGAACCCCGACAGUGCCAAGUUCGAGCCUACAAUCGUCAUGUCAGUCGAUGACUGUCAUUCCUAUCUGUACCCUUUGGUCAACAAAUAUCUUUUGCAACCAUACGUCCGGCAAGCGAGGAGGAUUGUUCGCCAUGAGACCGAUGUCGCCAUGAUAACUCAUCUUAUAUUAUACUUCACCACAUCUGUGCCAAGCGCACUCUUUCUAUUCCGUCACUUCACCUACACCCAUGGCAUUUUCCAUUUUAUCAUGCAAAUGUAUUACGUCGGGACGUAUACCUUGAUGCAGCACCAGCAUAUUCACCAACGGGGCAUUCUGGCCAAAAGAUAUGGCCUGUUCGACGCAGUAUUUCCUUAUGUCCUCGACCCUCUUAUGGGUCACACAUGGAACUCAUACUUUUACCACCACGUGAAGCAUCACCAUGUCGAAGGUAACGGACCUGACGAUCUAUCGUCGACUAUCCGAUACCAGAGAGACAGUCUCCCGGACUUCCUCCACUACGUUGGCCGAUUUUUCUUUCUAGUGUGGUUUGAUCUUCCCUUGUAUUUUCUACGCAAGAACCGAUAUGGCAUGGCAUUCAAGGCGGCUGGAUCUGAGUUCGCAACCUUCGGAUUUUACUAUCUGAUGUCCCAGGUUGUAGGCUCCAAGGCGACCUUUUUCGUAUACAUUCUUCCAUUCCUCAUGCUGCGAAUGGGACUGAUGGUCGGAAACUGGGGACAACAUGCUUUCGUGGACAAUGAGGAGCCGGACUCUGAUUUUCGGUCUAGCAUCACUGUAAUUGACGUUGCGAGCAAUCGAUUCUGCUUCAACGACGGCUACCACACAUCUCACCAUCUCAAUCCGCUCCGUCACUGGCGAGACCACCCCAUCUCGUUCCUUGAACAGAAGAAAACGUAUGCCAAAGAAGGGGCACUUGUGUUUCAUAACAUUGACUUUCUCAUGAUUACAUUUCGUUUGUUGCGCAAGGACUACGAGCACCUUGCAAAAUGCCUGGUACCUAUGGGCGACCAGAUUAAUCUCACUAUGGAUGGCCGGGUAGAACUGCUGAAGAGGUUGGCCAGGAAGUUUACAGAGGAAGAAAUUUCAGAAAAGUUUCGAAAGACGCAGUGA